AAAAAAAGGACUAUUUUGAGAAAAUGAGAGGGCUUUUGCCAGAUACAGGAUCCUUCUUUAUAUUAGUUAAGAAGGAUUAGAGAUUCCCUUUAAGGACAGUGAAAUUUAGUGAUUAUGACAUUCCCAAGUUGUGAUAGUUGAUUCAUCUUCCUCCCUCCGUAAUAGACGUCUAAUGGCAGAGCGAAUUUAUACAGCUCAGACUCAGCGUUUAGUUUUCGCAGAUCAAUGGGCUCACCCAGAAUCUUUUCUUUCCACUUCCUCGAAGUCAAUCCAAAAUUUUCCCAAACAUCUUUUCAAGGAAGCCUUUGAUAAAUCUGUUUGGAUGCUAGAUCUGGCUUCUAUCAACUUUUGGAGUUUAAUGCCUCUGAUUCAGUUUUCUUGCAUUUGUCAAUUAGCAUUGAAUGAUAAUUUCAAUUUUUUGUGAGGAUCAAACGAGUUAUCUGUGAAAACCUCUUGCAAAGUUUUGGCAAAUAUCAGUGCUCUGCAAUUUUCAGAAUAUAAAUUCAGGAAAAUUUUUAAGUUUUCUGAAGAAUGGGUGUCCUGCGCAGUCUCGCCCCCCCAAAUAAAGUGGAUGGGCGCUCCUCCCGGAUUGAGGCUACGUCUUUCGCUCCUUUUGUCUUUCAGUCGGACCAGAACUGUCAUGGCGCCUUCAAGAAGAGAGGGAAGGCCUUUCGCCCAGCAGAAUCAUCGGGGGCACCUGGACUGGACGGAGGAAUGGACAGAGAGACUAGCCCCAGUUGAGACCGAACACACCGAAGCCUCCGAGAUGUCUCCGCCGGACAGGCUCAAGGGGAGGAGACGGGAUUGAAGACUAGGCCAGCGAGCGACCGUCUUCCCGGGGCACCGCCCACCUUGACCGCCUUAUCCAAUGGAAACCCAACGGCAGUGCGGCACCGCCCAUCUGUUGGUCGGGACGCCGCGAGGGCGGGGCCCGCAGUUCGGUUGCGCUGCGGAGCGCAGCUGUGAGGGAGUCUCUCUGGUCCACGACCCCGAACCCGAGCUGAAGCGCAGGCUGCGGGGAGCGGAGUCAGGAGGCCUGAGUGUUUGUUCCAGCAUGUCGGAGGGGGAGUCCCAGACAGUAGUCAGCAGUGGCUCAGACCCAAAGGUAGAAUCCUCAUCCUCAGCUCCUGGCCUGACGUCAGUGUCACCUCCUGUGACCUCCACGACCUCAGCUGCUUCCCCAGAGGAAGAAGAAGAAAGUGAAGAUGAGUCUGAGAUCUUGGAAGAGUCACCAUGUGGGCGGUGGCAGAAGAGGCGAGAAGAGGUGAAUCAACGGAAUGUACCAGGUAUUGACAGUGCAUACCUGGCCAUGGAUACAGAGGAGGGUGUAGAAGUUGUGUGGAAUGAGGUCCAGUUCUCUGAACGCAAGAACUACAAGCUGCAGGAGGAAAAGGUCCGUGCUGUGUUUGAUAAUCUGAUUCAGUUGGAACAUCUCAACAUUGUUAAGUUUCACAAGUAUUGGGCUGACAUUAAAGAGAACAAGGCCAGGGUCAUUUUUAUCACAGAAUACAUGUCAUCUGGGAGUCUUAAGCAGUUUCUGAAGAAGACCAAAAAGAACCACAAGACUAUGAAUGAAAAGGCUUGGAAGCGCUGGUGCACGCAAAUCCUCUCUGCCCUUAGCUACCUGCACUCCUGUGACCCCCCCAUCAUCCAUGGGAACCUGACCUGUGACACCAUCUUCAUCCAGCACAACGGACUCAUCAAGAUUGGCUCUGUGGCUCCUGACACUAUCAACAAUCAUGUGAAGACUUGUCGGGAAGAGCAGAAGAAUCUACACUUCUUUGCACCAGAGUAUGGAGAAGUCACUAAUGUGACAACAGCAGUGGACAUCUACUCCUUUGGCAUGUGUGCACUGGAGAUGGCAGUGCUGGAGAUUCAGGGCAAUGGAGAGUCCUCAUAUGUGCCACAGGAAGCUAUCAGCAGUGCCAUCCAGCUUCUAGAAGACCCAUUACAGAGGGAGUUCAUUCAAAAGUGCCUGCAUUCUGAGCCUGCUCGCAGACCAACAGCCAGAGAACUUCUGUUCCACCCAGCACUGUUUGAAGUGCCCUCGCUCAAACUCCUUGCUGCCCACUGCAUUGUGGGACACCAACACAUGAUCCCAGAGAAUGCUCUGGAGGAGAUCACCAAAAACAUGGAUACCAGUGCUGUACUGGCUGAAAUUCCUGCAGGACCAGGAAGAGAACCAGUACAGACUUUGUACUCUCAGUCACCGGCUCUGGAAUUGGAUAAAUUCCUUGAAGAUGUCAGGAAUGGGAUCUACCCCUUGACAGCCUUUGGGCUACCUCGGCCCCAGCAGCCACAGCAGGAGGAGGUGACGUCACCUGUUGUGCCCCCCUCUGUCAAGACUCCAACACCUGAACCCGCUGAGGUGGAGACCCGCAAGGUGGUGCUGAUGCAGUGCAACAUCGAGUCAGUGGAGGAGGGAGUCAAACACCACCUGACGCUUCUUCUGAAGCUGGAGGACAAACUCAACCGGCACCUGAGCUGUGACCUGAUGCCAAAUGAGAACAUCCCGGAGUUGGCAGCUGAGCUGGUGCAGCUGGGCUUCAUUAGCGAGGCUGACCAGAGCCGACUGACUUCUCUGCUAGAGGAGACCCUGAACAAGUUCAAUUUUGCCAGGAACAGCACCCUCAACUCAGCCGCUGUCACCGUCUCCUCUUAGAGCUCACUCGGGCCAGGCCCCUAAUCAGAGCUGUGGCCGUCAUUAGAUGCGCGACAGCCUUCCUGCCCCCUCCCCCCCAGUCAGUAUUACCCUGUGAAGCCCCUUCUCUCCUUUCUUAUUCAGGAGGGCUUUGGGGCUCCCUGGUUCUGAGCAUCACCCUCCCCCUUUCCCUUCUCUUCCUCCCCUCUGCACUUUGUUUACUUGUUUUGCACAGACGUGGGCCUGGGCCUUCUCAGCAGCCGCCUUCUAGUUGGGGGCUAGUAGCUGAUCUGCCGGCUCCCGCCCAGCCUGUGUGGAAAGGAGGCCCACGGGCACUGGGGGAGCUGAAGUCUACAAUCCCGCUGGGGCCGACGGGGCGGGAGAGAAGGGUGGUGCUGCAGUGGUGGCCCUGGGGGGCCAUUCGAUUCGCCUCAGUUGCUGCUGUAAUAAAAGUCUACUUUUUGCUAAAA